AUGGGUACUAUAGCGGCUUCGAGGAGAGAAAACCCACAGAUGAUAGUCGCCGGUGGUGCCAUAAGCUUCACAGUGACCGGUGAUGCCGUAAGUUAUGAAGAGAGGAGGACAGAGAAAAAAAAAAGAGACUUCACAGCGAGAAAGAGAAAGAUUGAUGGAGAUUCUGCGAGAAUGGCUUCUUCGGAUUCUGGGUUCAAAGCUUCAAGGAGCAGACUCCAUCCAUCUCUGCCAAAGGGCCAAAUCCACUCCAAAACAAAAAGAUUUACCUUCGCCGCCUUUUCCGAUGGUCAGUACAAUGGGUUUUCAGCUAGUAUCAAUAUGGAAGCGUUGAUAUGUGACCUGAGGAGAUGCGGUUCCAAAGUGGUGGCAGAACUCAUCACCGCCGCCAACACCGAAGGCCACCCAUUUACCCAUGUGGUGUACACCACCCAUUUCCCAUGGAUUGGACACACUUCUUGGGGCUUAACCGAAAAUUAUUUUGGAUAUCCACUACUAGCAGCAACAAACACCAUCAAGGUGGUGGGCUGCCAUGGGUGGUAG